AUGGCACCCGCCACAGACAAUAAAGCUGUCUCAGAGGCCUUCACAGUGACCAGCGGAGUGAAACAGGGCUGCGUCCUUGCACUUAUCCCCUUCAGUUUCAUGUUCUCUGUCAUGUUAAUGGAAGCCUACCGGGAUGAACGUCCCGAGAUCCGCGUCGGCUACGGGACAGUCGGCCAGCUCCCCAACCAACGACGGAUGCAUUUCCAGUCGCGUGAAUACACAUCCAUCGUCCACUAGCUUCCCGUCGUCAAAGACUGCGUCCUCAACGCAGGAGUAUGCAUCCCUUCGCCGCCGCCUGCAAAAACUUAGCCGUGAUAAUCCACAUAGGAAAGACUGUGGCUAUGCAUCAACCGCCACCCUACGCUGCCUACAAUGCACCCCAGAUCAAUGUGAACGGCGCCCAAAUGCAAGCCUCGGACAACUUCACGUGUUUGGGCAUUACCCUUUCUUGCAGCGAUAAAAUCGAAGACAAAGUGGCCCACUGGGUUUCCAAGGCAAGCCAAGCCUUCGGCCGUCUGUAA